CCGGAGGCAGCGGAGCGCAGCGGAGCCGCCGCCAGCCCGAGCCCCCCCCGCCGCCGCCGCCGCCGCCGCCCUGCUCCCCCCCGCCGGCACCAUUCCCUCCCCCGGGCGCCAGCGCGCCCCGGCCGGGCGGCGGCUCAGCCUGGGCCGCAAAACUUUGCUGGCGGCCGCGGCGGGGGUGGUGAUGGUUCUGGUGCUGGUGGUGCUCAUCCCGGUGCUGGUGAGCUCCGCCGGUACCGACGGUCGCUACGAGAUGCUGGGCACCUGCCGGAUGGUCUGCGAGCCCUACGGCCCCGCCGCUCCCCCCCAGCAACCGGCCGAGCGCGGCCCCCUCCCGCCGCCCUCCACGCUGGUGCAGGGUCCCCAAGGCAAACCGGGCAGACCGGGCAAACCGGGACCGCCGGGUCCGCCCGGAGAGCCGGGACCGCCGGGGCCGGUGGGGGCGCGGGGUGAAGCGGGAAGACCGGGACCCCCGGGAUUACCGGGACCGGGCGCUACGGGCGCGGUGAGCGCGGCCACCUACAGCACGGUGCCGCGGGUCGCCUUCUACGCCGGCCUCAAGAACCCCCACGAGGGCUACGAGGUGCUCAAGUUCGACGACGUGGUCACCAACCUGGGCAACAGCUACGACGCCGCCUCGGGCAAGUUCACCUGCGCCAUCCCCGGCACCUACUUCUUCACCUACCACGUCCUCAUGCGCGGCGGGGACGGCACCAGCAUGUGGGCCGACCUCUGCAAGAACGGGCAGGUCCGGGCCAGCGCCAUCGCUCAGGACGCCGACCAGAACUACGACUACGCCAGCAACAGCGUCAUCCUGCACCUGGACGCGGGCGACGAGGUGUUCAUCAAGCUGGACGGGGGCAAAGCCCACGGCGGCAACAACAACAAGUACAGCACCUUCUCCGGCUUCAUCAUCUACUCGGACUGAGCCCGGCGCCCCCCGCAUCUCCCCGCAGUGACCCCCCAGCCCCACGGCGUCCCUGGCCGUGGUUCUGUUCCCUGCUGCCCCCCAGCUCCUCCCUGGCUCCUCCUGCCCACCCCAUGGAUUCCCCUCCCCGCUCUCCCGGCUGCUCCGAGCCCCCUGUUCCCGUCAGGGCUGGGGGCUGCAGAGGUUUGGGGUGGCACCCACGGCACCCCCAUGCCCGCUGUGCCCCCCCUGCCCCGCCGCUGCUCUCUGCCCGCCCCCGGGGCGCUGCCGGGGCUCUCGGGGGGUCCCCGGGCCUGGGGGGGCUGUGCUGGGGCGGGGGGUGACAACAUGGUAAAGCAGAGCUGUGAUCUGU